GGAAUACUUGGAGGGACCCAUGUGGUAGCUCCUUUAUACUUUUUAAUAUAUGCCAUACAGUCACCGGUGUCCAAAUUCGAUACGCCAGAUCGUCGCAGUACGCAAAUUUCUUAUAUGAAAAUCUUGAUUCCCUGCCUUAUAUCAUGCUAUUAUAUUCCGGGGUUCUGGAUCACCUAUGGAAACCCUUCAGUGCGAAGCAACUCGGCUUUUAUGUUCAUUCUACUACCUGCUUUUUUCCGACUCCUUCAUGUCCAGGUAUCGUCUUUAAUCAGAGGAACAACAGUGAAAGAGCUUAUUGAAACUCCGAACGUCGACAUGCCAUAUAUUAGAAUAACAUAUUACACAUGCGCUUUACUAUCCGGGGCCAUGUCCUUGCUAUCGAGAGGUUGGGUAUCACGGUCAUUACUUGGUUGCUUAUUCCCAAUAUCACAGCAUAUGAGCCUAACAGUAUCUACCAUACAUGUCGACCACGAAGAGAUGGCGGGGUUUGUAUGUGGCUUGAUAUGGGUCACAUUCGAGUAUAUCGACUUAAGCUCCAGCGGGAUGAUGAACAUGCCCUGGCUCUCGUUCAUCCUAGCAGGCACACUCAUCAGUCUUAUUCUGGGUCCGGCAGCAGCCUUGAUGCUAGGAUGGGGUCUGAGGGAAGAGUACUUGGCAAAGCAUGCGGCACGCCGCCUAGAACGCCCACUGAUUUUGUCAGCAGCUGUUGGAAGUCCAAUUUCAGGUUGA